AUGUGGAGAUCUGUCCUGUUGAUAGUAACAGUUCUUGCAAUUCUCCUUUCACUACCUAGAAUUGUUAAAGUUAAUGAUGAAUUAGACAACAGCACUAAAUUGAUUGACGGAUUAUACUAUACUUAUUGCAAUGACAGCGACUUCAAAGAUUUCCUAAAGAACAACGAAAUCUUCAGCGCAGAAGUAAAUCAAGACAUCCCAAGUCAAGUAGUCAUUAUAGACCGAGAGAAGCCGAGAACCCCCCGAGAAAAUGCUACAUUUUUAAUGCUAUGUCGAAAUCAAGACAUGUACCAAGUAUUGGAAACGUUGCAAAACGUUCAAGAUCGAUUCAAUCACAAGUACAACUACGAUUAUACAUUUUUAAAUGACGAACCGUUUUCUAAAGAAUUUAUAUACUUGAUAACCUCUUUUAUUGACCAUGGAAGGAUCAGUUUUGGUUCUAUACCCCGGUCUCAUUGGUCUUAUCCCAGCCAUAUAAACACCACCAAGGCAGAAGAAAUAAGGAGUAAUUAUGCAGAUGUCCCUUAUGGUGAUUCUGAGAGUUAUAGACAUAUGUGUCGGUUCUAUAGUGGGUUCUUCUACCAGCAUCCUUUGGUUAAACAAUAUCAAUACUACUGGCGUAUAGAACCAGGGAUUAAAGUAUAUUGUGAUGUGAAUUAUGAUGUAUUCAGGUAUGUGAGGAAGCACAAAAAGAAAUAUGCAUUUGUGCUUAGUUUAUUUGAGUAUGCUGAUACAAUACCUAGUUUAUGGAACCAUGUACUUGAAUUUAUAAGAACUGAGAAUAUGACUUCAGCUCCCGAAUCAUUUGAACUCCUUCUUAAUAAACACAAUUGGUAUAAUCUUUGUCACUUUUGGUCAAAUUUUGAAAUUGCUAAUCUAGAUAUGUUUGACAACAAUUAUCAAAGAUUAUUUGAGUUUUUAGAUUCAAAAGGCGGAUUUUAUUACGAAAGGUGGGGUGACGCGCCAAUACAUUCAAUUGCUGUAGCAUUAUAUCUAUACAAGAAUGAAAUACACUGGUUUAAUGAUUUAGGAUAUUAUUACGCGCCAUAUUCACAAUGUCCACAGGACUCGAAGACCUUUAUUGAGAAUAAAUGUACCUGUGAUCCUGAUGACGAUUUUGGUCAAAGUGAUUUGAGCUGUAAUAGAUAUUUCUUGGACAUACUAUCGAAUUAA